AUGGACCAGGAUAUAUCCCACUGGUACAUCUGGGAUGAUCUUGCUAGAGAUUUCAUAAGGCAGUUCCAGUACAACAUUGAUAUUGCUCCAGAUAGGAACUUAUUGACAAACUUGAAAAAGAAAUCCUCAGAAAGCUUCCGAGAGUACGCAGUUAAAUGGCGUAAGCAGGCAUCCAGGGUAAAACCUCCGAUGGAUGAGGUUCAAAUGGUCACAGUUUUCCUUCAAGCUCAGGAAGCUGACUACUUCCAAAAUAUGAUGACCCCGCAGCACUAUUACCCUCACCAAGACUUGGCCUAUACUCCUCAGCCAUACUCGGUCAUGAAUGCUCAGCCUUAUGUCCGGCCACAACAACAAGCCAACAGAAAUCAAGCUCCAUUUCCUAGAAACCAACCUCCUUACCAAACCCACUACAACCCCCGUCCUCCACAAAAUAAUUUCCACCCUCAUGAACCGCCCAAGAGGCCAAAUUUCACACCAAUUGGUGAAACCUACUCCAGCCUGUUACCAAAGCUUGUUCAAAUGGGUCUGCUACAGCUUGUUCCUCAAACCAGGCAAAACCCAGCAUCACCCGCUUAUAGAGCCGGUACCCGAUGCGCCUAUCACUCAGGGGCAGAAGGGCAUGACACGGAUGAUUGCUGGACUCUGAAAAGAGCCGUGGAGAACUUGAUAGAACAAAGGAAGAUAGUGCUGAGGGAUGAAGAUGUUCCCAAUAUGACCAACAACCCACUGCCAGCCCACAACAACGGGCUGUCAGAGAAGAAAAUUGAAGUUGAAACCGGGGCAACGCCUCCCAAAGAUGUUGUUCUCUACGUCCCUCAAGGCCGUAAAGAAAAGCAGAUGACAUUGAGUCCUCCCAGGAGAUUCGAGCUGAACAAAACAACCCAGAUGUAUGUGCCUAAGGGGGCUUAUGUGAUGCGGGGGCCAAUUAAGCCAUCGAGGCUAAAUGAGCCCGUGGUUAUUGGACGCGCGCCACAGAAGCCCAUGAAAGAUCCUACUACUGUGCCCUGGAACUACAACAAAACGGUGGUGACCUAUAAGGGCAAAGAAAUCCCAGGAGAAGUUCAAGAAAAUAACCCUAUUGAAAAGUAUUCCAAUUUGGAAGAGGUGAACAACGCUACUAGAAAGCGCUUCCCACUUAAGAAGCCCGUGAGUGCCGAAAAAGCGGAGGCUUUCUUUCAAAACAUGAAAAUGGCAGAUUAUGAGGUGAUUGACCAACUUCGAAAAUUUUCCGAACAAGUCUCCUUGUUGGCUUUGUUGAUGAACUCCGCCGAACAUCAGAAG